UGAUAAUGGCAGACGUGUGCAUCGUCUGCUUGGGCGACUUUCGCCUUCGCCCUGAAGACGCCGAGACAGAUAUCAAGCCCGUUGGUACCGACAUCAUCACGCCGCUUCCCGUGCUUUCCUCUGAACAAAGCAAGAACGCGAUAGACGACGAAACUGUCGCCCAUCUCCUGCCUUGCGGACACAACCUUCACGAUUCAUGCUUGCGGCCUUGGGUUGAACGAGCCAAUAGCUGUCCUAUUUGUCGUGCAAGCUUCAAUGUCGUCGAGCUGCGCAACUUCCUCGAUGGCCCAGCACAUGCUUCAUACCUUGUCGAGGAAAAACAACAGCGGGCUGACAUCGACCCGACCCUGACCAUCGACGAUGAUCUCGAAGAAGACGCUCCAUGUCUCGUCUGCGGUCGCAUUGACCACACUCAUCAAACAAUGUACUGCGAUGGCUGCGUCGCCACGGUUCACAUCUUCUGCGCUGGCUUUAGUGAUUCCACUGCUCCGGAUAUCUGGUACUGUGAGCCUUGCCUUCUCGAAUACAACGACAACGGCCGAGAGGCCCUCCCACAAGUAAGAAGUGCAAGACCGAGAAGAGGAUCUAGACGACCUGGCACACAAGAGUGGGACAGAGUAUGGGCAAGCGUUUGGCGCCGACUGAAUCUAGACCUGGAUUUCCCUUCCGUCGACGAAGACACGCAUACCAUCCACCGUACACCAGCUCAACGGCGAGAGCUUGCAGCAUGGAAUCGUAGACUUCAAGUCGCAAGUCGUCAAGGUGGUGCAAACCGCUUCAGAGAGACUGCCCCGACCCUGCUGGACCGAAGGACCCUUGCUUCGCCAGAGUCGCAAGAGGAACUUCGCGCAUGGAACGCCCUCGACAAAGCCCGCGCUCUCGACCCUGAGGCACAGGCCCCUCCCAGCAGGAAACGCAAAACCCCAACGGCUUCUCCUGCUUCUCCCAGAGAUAACCCAGCAGCAGGGCAUGAGCAAGCCGAGCCUCAACGCAAACUCAAACGCCCCAGAACAAAGAGAAACAUGACCAUCACGACAGCUGGAGAUCCAGGCCCAUCGACCGUCGAAGUCCCAGUACGCCCAGUACCAGCACAGAAGCCCGUCGACGGACCGAGUUUCCUAACUCAGCUCCUUCAAGAGGUGGAAAAACAACCAGCACCAGAGGAAGCAGGCUCACCAGAUGCAGACAUGUCUGGUGAUGAGCAGCCCGGACCGACCAAUCUGGCAUCUCCUGGCGCAUCGCCUAUCCACUCUGGCCAAGUCUCCCCUCGCGCGUUGUCUGUGACACCUCCACCUCAAUCCGCACGUCCUAGACCGACUUCACCAAUGCCCCUCACAUCUAUUGUCAGACCUCUAACUUCACCUGCUUUCUCGCCCGGCAUGAAUGGUAAAGAUGAGCGGGGCAGAUCACAUCGACGCCCCCAACAUCAAGUCAGCAGUCCUCCGAGAGAUAUUUCUCCUGGCUCGCCUUCCCGAAACAUGUCGUACUCGACCAAAACCGAGAUUCAGAGGAUGGUGAAAGCCGUCCUAGGCCCUCGCUAUCGCGGAGGCGAGAUCAACAAAGACCAGUACACCGAUAUUAACCGCGAUGUGUCUCGCAUGCUCUACGAUAAAGUCGGCGAUGCUGAAGGUCUGGCUGACCAGGACGGUCGUGACAAGUGGCAAGAAGUGGCUUCUGCUGAAGUCGAACGAGCCGUGCAAACGAUACGCUCGCAGGAGCAGAGCUCAGAUACAUUCUCCCAGGAUGUGUGACUUGAAUUUACGGCAUUAACGACGGGGCAUGGCGCAUUGCAGUAAUACUUAGGUUUUGGCGCAUCAAACUCAUGGUUGUUUUUCGGAGUCGAGCAUCAUUUUGCUUGACAUGGCGUCAGGGCAGGAAAUGGGAGAAAGCGUGUAGAUACCCCCGACUGCGAAUUUCACAACCACUUUGGUUCUUUUCUAAUAUCUCUUCCUCCUUUUGACACCGAC